UAGUGGAAUUUUAGCUAAUAAGUAAACUGAGUGUAGACUAUUGAGCAGCUCAGGGUUAUCUUUCAUUGGGCUCCUGUAAUCUUUGGCUGUAUGCACAUGAAACAUCAGGUCUUGAUCAAAAACAAACCCAGCACCACUGGUUCCAUGGCUGGGCAGAACUCCAAAAUUUCCAUGAAGGUUGACUGCCCAUGAUUUCGUGCUACUGCCUCUCUGAAUCUUUUUCAUUUCCCUUUGGGGAUGAGGCAGGGACUGACAGAGCUUCCAACCAAGCAUUGUGGGAGAGCCAGUAUCCAAGGAAAUGGGCAGUUACACUAUCAGAGCCUUCUUGAUUAACUCAUGUGAGGAAUGGAAGGACAACAACGAGGAUAAGAAGAGAUGCUAAGGUCCUGAGCCGUGAUCCUGUGAAAUCCCCAUCCAGGUUCCAAGAUGAACCUAUGGAGACCGUCUUUUCUGGUGUUCUUUGCAGUGACCUCUGAGGGACUGCUCACAGAGCCCCAGGAGGGCAGUGUUGCUGGAGGAACGUGGAUUACUGUCACUCUGGAUGACUCAGCAUCCCAUGAGCUAGAACAUCUCUCUCCAGCCAGCUGGCCCCACCUGGAGGUGUCCCUGGUGAAUGCAGACCUGCCCACGUUGCCGUGUGAUGUCUCUCCUGUGUAUUUUGACUUAUCCAUCGUAAGAUGUAGAACAAGGUCUUCACCCCAGGAGGGUUUGUACUAUGUGGAGGUGAGCUUUAAAGGACGUGUGAUUAACAACCUGACUAGGGUGGAGAAAGAAAACUAUGCUUUCAAGUUUUCUGCUCUGCAGACUCCUGUGGUUUACCAAAUUAGCCCACCAUCUGGCAUCCCAGGAAAUUUAAUAGAGAUCUAUGGGAAGACAAUUGCUGGGAGAUAUGAGACCCUGGACUUCAAUGUGGAUUAUAUUGAUGGACCAGCUGUCCUUGUGGCAGAAGGAGAUGGAUGGACCAGCCUCUGCUCUUUUGCUGACGGGCAAGCAGGAAACAUCUAUUCCAUUCAGACAAAAGAAGGACUAGGAACCAUGCAGUGCCGGGUGGAAGGGAACCACAUAGGGUCCCACAAUGUCAGCUUCUCAGUGUUUAACAAAGGAAAGUCAGUGAUAGACAAAGAUGCUUGGCUCAUGAGUGCCAAGCAGGAGCUUUUCUUGUACCAAACACAUUCAGAAAUAGCCUCUGUGUUCCCAGCGGCUGGAAGUCUUGCAGGAGGAACUGACCUCACCAUUACGGGGGAUUUUUUUGAGCAGCCCGUGCAGGUCACUGCUGCAGGUGUCCCCUGUAAAGUCAAGCGUGUCUCUCCACGGCAAAUCAUCUGCACCACUGAGGCUGUUGGCAGGAACAGGAUGCUUGGUGCCCCCCAGCCAGGAAAUCGGGGGCUUCUCUUUGAAGUCUGGGAUGAUGCCUCUGAUCUGACAGAAGCAGGGCCUGGAUAUAGAUGGCAGUUUGUACCUAGUGCCCAAUCCCCAGUAAGAUUUCUGUCUGCAGCAAAGCAGUCCUUCAGCUCCAGGCUUCGUGGAUUUUUUGUGGCUCCUCAGACCAACAAUUACACCUUCUGGAUCCAGGCAGAUGGUCCGGCAUCUCUGUACUUGAGUCCAUCCCAAGACCCACAGCAUAAGGUGAGAAUUGCUGCUCUCCCAGCUGGCAAUUUGGAAUGGUCUGGAAAGUGGGUGAAGAACUGGAGCGAGAGUUGGCAGCCAAAAUCCCAGAAAUUUGAGCUAACUGCUGGCCUGAGGUACUACUUGGAAGCUCUGCAUCAUGGAAAGGCACCCAGCAAUGGGAUGAGAGUUGGAGUCCAGAUACACAACACCUGGCUGAAUCCCCAGGUGGUGAACAACUACUACAUUGAGAGACAUGAAAUUCGGGCUCGUGCCUUGUAUCUUCCAGAUGUACAGAUGCUGACUGUGUCUGGCACGGGAUGGUUCAGUAUCUCCUGGAGCAAUGCACCCCGCAGAAUGAUCCACACAAAUUCCACUGCUCAUCAGGUCCAAGCAGCAAUAGAGGAACUCCUUUCAGUUGGGUGUGACAUUGAGCCAACCUCUGCUAAAAUACUCUUCCGUGAUGGCUUUGAGAAACAAGGUACAGAAAACUCUGUCACCACAGAACGUGUUGUCUAUGGAACAGAGCCCUUCUGUGGGAGGUUCAGUGCUCGCAGCCCAAGCCAGCUGGUGAAAGCUUCUCCAUCAUCUCUACAAAGAUACGACCUUACUGAGUACACACAUGUUUGUUUUGCACAUAAAGGCCACAUGAGCAACGUCCUUCAUAUCUCAGUGUCCUACACCAACCUUUCCUUAUCUUCAGUGGAAAGAAACCUCACCUGCCAGUGGGAUUUCGAUGGCAGUGACCCCACAAGCUGGACGUUCUCCUGCACUGACCUCUGGACAGGGUGUGUGAGUCGCUCUGUGCCUCUCCAGGACCUUCUCAUCAACACCCCGGUGCUCGUACAUCAGAUUGACUUGCUGAGCAUCCAGCAGAAGGAAACCACUGGGUUGUUCUACCUUGAUGAAGUCAUCAUCACAGACAGAGCUGUGACUGUUUCUCAGAGGGAUCCCAACCCACGUCGGCUGGGUGGGCGGAUAAUAGAGGCAGUAACUGUGGUGGGGUCUUCUCCUACUUACAAUGUGUCCUGGCUGGUGUCUGGUUGUGGUGCAAGUCUGCCUCUUCUCUCCCUAAGAGGUGCAGUGCUCUGCGAGUGCUCUGAGGAGGACGGCCACCUCUACGUCUCCACGGAGGAUGUGAGAGUCAGCGUCACCAUUCAGAGGCUGCAGGUGUCAUCUCCACCUCUUGGAGGGACCUUCUGCAUACGCCUGGGAAGCACAGUGAUAUCAGAUGUUUCCGUGCACAUCUCCUCCCACCAGCUCUGCAGGCUUCUGCAAACCAACACAGACAGUUCUACAGCCCCAUACUUCAACACCAGUGACUUCAUCGUGACCAAAGACUCAGAGACUUGCUAUGAAAGCAUCUGGACUCUCACCUGGAGAACAAAAGCUGGGGACUUGCCCAAUGUUAUCAAUGUCUCUGCUGAAAACCUCAGUGGUCUGAAGCCAGCUAUUUCCAGUCGUGUGGUUUAUGAUGGGGGUGUCUUUAUUGGGCCAAUAUUUGGGGACAUGCUUGCUACCUCCAAUAACAAAACACAGGUGGUGGUGGUGGUGAAUGAUGUCCCAGCAAACUGUUCUGGUUCCUGUUCUUUCCAGUUCAGCCAGGAAGUGACACCCUUAGUCAGUGAUGUGGAGUAUUCAGCAGAUGACGGAUUCCAGGCCACAGUAGUUAUCAGGGGAGUUGGUUUCUCUGAGGAGAAGACAACCCUGCAGGUACAGGUGAAGAACACAACUUGCUACAUCGUAAUGUCAGAUCAAACCAGAGUGGUCUGCGUGAUGGAGAGGCUGCCACUUGGAGUCCACCAGCUGACAUUGCUAGUGAGGCCUUAUGGCUUUGCACUCAAUGCCAGCACAGGAGAAGGCAUCUUCCUAAGAGUUGAGCCCAGGCUGGUUGCCAUUGAACCUCCCAGAGCAUCAGAAAUUGGAGGACUGAGAGUGGCUCUCAGGGGGACUGGUCUGGAAGGGGUAGACCUGGUGUUGUUUGGAUCUCAGCCUUGCCCAAUUUUGGAGGAUACCAGAAGUUCAACACAAAUUGAAUGUAAAGUUCCCUCUCGGGGGGCAGAAGAUGCUGCUGUCCAUGUGACACUAGUUUCUGGGUACCAAUCAACAGCAUUCACCAACUUGUUCCAGUAUGACCCUUCCUUAAACCCUGCAAUUGUAUCACUGAGCAGAAACAGAAGUGGCUUAGCAGGGGGUCAGGAGCUUCAGAUUGGAAUAUCCUCAUUUGCGAACUACCGAGGGUCAGAUAUCAAGGUCCAAAUUGGGGGCGUGUGGGCACAAAUCCAGGUGCAGAUGGACAGUGGCCUUAAUGUGACGCUUCCAGCCUUGGCUGUGGGAUGGUACAACGUUUCUGUUAUCAUCAGUGGUGUUGCUAUUGCUUCAAACAGGGUUGAGCCAUUAAUCCACUACGUCUCGGAGGUCUUCAGCAUCGAGCCGUGUUGCGGCUCUUUCCUGGGUGGAACGCUGCUCACAAUCUCAGGGCUGGGCUUUAGCCAAAAUCGGUCCCUGGUUUCUGUUUCAGUAAAUGAACAAACCUGUCUGGUUACCCGCUUGGCAGAAGAGACCAUUUGGUGUCUGACCCCGCCAGCUGCUAAUUUCUCUAAUGAAGUUUCUCAAGAUGUCCCUGUCAGAGUAAAUAUACUCAUUAGCAAUAGCUCAUUUCAAAACGUUCCUGUUGCAAAAAGCAUCACCUUUAAUUACCAAAGAGCUUUGACACCUCUGGUUACCACAGUUGAACUGGAAAUUUUGGAGAGUAGCCUGUUCUUGAGCAUCCAGGGGGUAAACAUCACUGGAUCUGUAGCUAAGCUGGGAGACAGCGAGUGUGAGCUUGAGCUGCAACGUGGCAAUGAGUCUGCAAUGUUUUAUGAAUGCUCUUUACCACUGAGCAACCUGGAACCUGGGAUUUACCCUAUCCAGGUUAUCCAGAGACAGCUUGGAUAUUCUCAUGUGACAGCAAGGCUGCAGACCAUCACAGUAACUCCACGGAUAACCUCCAUAUUCCCAUCAGAUGGGUCUGUUUGUGGUGGGAUGUUACUUACUAUAUCAGGGAUUGCUUUAAGAUCCAGAAGAGAGCUGGGACAGGUCAGCCUGGAUGGUAAUUAUUCCUGUGAGCUCCAGAGCUCUGACAACAAUACCAUUACGUGCGUGGUCCUUUCAGGGACACACUUUUUGCCUUACCAGUGGUGGGCUGAGGUGUCUUGGGCUCUUAAUGUCACAGUGACUGUCAAUGGAAUCAGCAGUGUCUGCCUUGGGGAUUGUAUGCUCCACCUUCACGAGCAGUCAACUCCCCUUGUAGAUGCGGUGACAUGGGAGACCAGUGGGAUGUACACCAAUGUGACCAUCAGAGGGCAGAGAUUGGCAUGGCCAGGUGACAGCCCUGUGGUGCACGUGAACGACCAGGCUGUCUGCAAGGUCACUUUCUGGAAUGAGACCAGCAUCAGGUGCCAGAUGGACUGCAUUGCCCCAGGGGAAUAUAACAUCUCUGUAUCCAACAGAAGAAGUGGGCAAGCUUGCUUCAGAAAUACAUCCAGUGCUCUCACCAUCACGCCUCAAGUCCAUCAGUUUUACCCCCAAAACUUCAGUACCAAUGGUGGAGGCCUGCUCACUUUUGCAGGUGCAGCACUGAAAGGAAAGAGCAGGACAUCUGUUCUCAUUGGUCAGCAACCCUGCCUCAUCCUCAAUGUCACCUGUAUAGCCAUCCAGUGCACGGUGCCCCCAGGCAAUGGCUCUAGGGCACUGAGGCUGACAGUAGAUGGCAUCUCCUAUGAUAUUGGAGAAAUUAGUUACAGUGAGGAGUCUACGCCAGCUUUCCUUUCAUUUGUUGUGACUGGCCUCCUAUUAACAAUAAAUAUAUCACAGGUCAUGGAGAUGGACGCCAUCCAUGUAUUUGUUGGAGACUCUGCUUGUAGGGGUGUCACCAUCACUCACUCGGAGCUGCAGUGCUCUCCUCCUCUGCUCCCUGCUGGUGAAUACCCUGUGGUGGGUCUGCAUGUCCCCAAAGGCUGGGCUUCCUCCAACCUGACCUUCAUCUCUCAGCUGAUGGUGACAGCUGUGCGUUGCAACUGGGGUGGCUUGAAUGGAGGAGUGGUUCACCUGCAUGGAACUGGAUUUUCCCCAGGGCAGACUUUGGUCACCAUCUGUGGCAGCCCCUGUGAAAUGUUGGACAAUGCAACAACAACGAGCCUUAGCUGCCUUGCACCACGCUUACAAGCGUCCUUGGCCUUUCUCUGCAGCCUGACCCACUCUUCUGCCAACUGCCAAGAGGACAGAUCCACCAUUAUCGAAUGUGAUGUCCAAGUCAUGGUGGGUUCCUACCGCCAGCAAGGACCCGGGUCCUACCUGUAUCUAUGUGGGCAGAGCCAAGCUCAGCAGCUGCAGGGGGACACCAGCCCUUCCCAGAGCCACAUUGCUGGACUCGUUGCCAGCCCUAAAGUGGAAAGAGAUGAAGUUCUCAUCUAUAAUAGCUCCUGUAACAUUACCAUGGAAACUGAGGCAGAGAUGGAGUGUGAGGGAGCUAAUCAGCCAAUUACCGCCAAGAUUACUGAGAUAUGGAAAAACUGGGGCCAGAACACUCAGCCCGCCCUCCAGCUGUGCGGUCGCUGGGCCGAGGCUUCCAGCUGGCCCGCUGGCCGCCCGCCGCAAGAUGGCGCCAACGUCACGGUGGAAGCGGGCAGGACGCUGCUGCUGGGCGCCGCCACCGCCGUGCUGCACCUGCUGCACCUCAGAGGAGGCAAACUCGUGUUUACUGGUCCAGGACCUGUGGAACUACAUGCUCAUUACAUUCUGAUAUCUGAUGGAGGAGAGCUCCGGGUGGGAUCUUCCACAGCCCGUUUCCAACACAGAGCACGCAUCUAUCUCUAUGGAAGCCUCCACUCCCCACCACUGUUUCCAUAUGGGGCCAAGUUCCUGGCAGUGAGAAAUGGGACCCUUUCCAUCCAUGGCUGGAUGCCCAAAGUCACUUUCACAUACUUGAAGUCAUCAGCUCUUGCUAACGACUUACGAUUAGUGCUCCAGAAACCUGUUGACUGGGAACCUGGUGAUGAAAUUGUGGUGGGAAGGACAGGUCUUGGAGAUGCACAGCAGCAAGAAGAAGUGGCCGUUAUUGAGUCUGUCAAUAACACUGAGCUCUACCUUAGGUCACCACUCAGGUACUCCCACAACGUUGGAGAGGAAAGAGUGAAUGGCCAGAGCCUGCCUUUGACUGCUGUGGUGGCACUGCUUAGCAGAAGGGUUAUUGUUCAAGGGAAUGUCACGAAGGAGAGGAUCUCCCACGUCAGAGAGUGUGCAGAAGCAGGUGGCACAAGAGGUGGCUCCAGGUGUCUGUACAAGCGAAGUGAGAGGCAGCUGGGGUCUCGGGACCUGGGAGCUGUUGUCAUUGUGGAAGCCUUCCAGGGAGCAACGAGUCAGCUGCAAGUGGAGGGGGUCCAGUUCUACCACAUGGGCCAAGCAUUUUGGCAGCAACGCAGUGCCCUUACAGUUGCUGGCAAUGCACAGAUGGCAGAUUCUUACAUACGUGGUUGCUGUUUUUUGGACUCCUUUGGCCAAGGGCUCCAUCUGACUGGGAUCUCAAACCUUAGUGUAGACAGUAAUGUCUUCUUUAACAUUUCAGGACAUGGGCUUCUACUGGGAAGUGGCCUGGAGAAGGGGAACAGAAUCAGAAACAACAUAGUGAUUGGCCUUUCUGCAACAGAUGGUUUAUCCAACAUUGAGACUCUGUCACCAGCAGGGAUCUACAUCAGAGCUCCUGCCAACCACAUUGAGGGUAACACCGUGUGUGCUGCUGGAUAUGGGUAUUUCUUUCAUCUCUCUCCUGAGGGACCAUCCAAAAUGCCUCUCCUGUCCUUCAGUGAGAACACAGCCCACUCCUGCACCAGGCAUGGGUUGCUUGUCUACCCAGAAUAUUUGCCAGACAGCCCAAACGGCCCCAUUCAGUUUGACAGCUUCACAGUUUGGAGCAGCCAAGGUGGAGCCCAGAUUUUCAGUAGCAGCAACCUCAAACUCCAAAAUUUCCGAAUCUAUGCUUGCACGGAUUUUGGCAUUGACAUCAUUGAAAGCCUGGGAAACACAGCUGUAGCUAAUAGUGUUUUAGUUGGACACAUUGGGCAAAAGGAUAACACCUGCAUGUCAGCAGGACUGAAAACUCCCAAAAGAUUCCAGCUAUUCGUCUCCAACACAGCUUUCAGAAACUUUGAUAUGAGCAGUUGCACAGCUAUCAGGACCUGCUCGGGCUGUUACCAAGGGCAGGGUGGGUUUACAGUGAGCCUUGAACAUCUGACGUUCACCAACUCACCCUUCCAAGUGUCCUUCCCCUUUCCACAUGCUGCCAUUCUUGAGGAUCUUGAUGGCUCUGUCACUGGGAAGGAAGGAAGUCGUAUUCUCCCUUAUACAGACAUCCCUGCGGCUUCCUGCACAACCAGUGCCAAUUUCAGCCAAGCUCUGGGUGGCAGUGUAUGCAGCAAGGACCUUGUUUUCCACCGUAUGUCUCUUUACUUAAGAGAGGCUCCAGAGACUCCCUACAAUUUAACUGUGAUUGACAGUAGGAAUAAGACAACCACAGUCAAUUAUGUCCCUGACACUCUCUCAGACCUGCAUGGCUGGAUGUGUCUGCUCCUGGAUAAAGAGACCUACACACUGACAUUUGACAGCCCUUCGGUCAGCAAGCAGCUCCAGUAUUCAGUCACAUUUAGCAACUUCACAACUGGAAAUUACUUGCUGGUGGAACACAAGGAUCUUCCUGCCCAGCCUGAGGUUGUGGUGUCCUGUGGGAAAAGGACUGGACAGCCGCUCCAAUCUCUGCCUUCCUAUGGUCAUCACAGGAGCUGUGACUGGUAUCUCGACAGCACACUGAGGAAGCUAACCUACUUGGUCACAGGAGCUGACUUAAUUCAGCUGGAGCUGAAAGAGAAGGAAGGAGCCCCUUCACCUACAUCAGAUCCUUCUGAUUCUGUUUUGAAAUGGUCGCACCCAGAGACAUGGAAGGAUGUGGAAAAAGGCUGGGGUGGAUUCAACUGCAGCAUCCCAGGUCCAGGAGAAGAUGUCAUCAUCUUACCCAACCGGACCAUCCUGGUGGACACAGAUCUUCCUCCUCUAAGAGGUCUCUACAUCCUUGGGACUCUUGAGUUCCCCACCAACUCCAGCAAUGUCCUGAGUGCAGCCUGUAUUGUGGUUGUGGGAGGUACACUGAACGUGGGCUCUUUUCAACAUCCUCUAGAAAGGGAUUCAAAGCUACUGAUCCUUCUUCGGGCAUCUGAAGGGAUUUACUGUGAUCAUCUGGAGGAAAUAAAUGUCCACCCAGGGAGUAUUGGGGUUUAUGGGAAGGUGCAAAUUUAUAGCUCUUAUCCUGAGAAGUCUUGGACACAUCUUGGAGCUAGUGUUGCUCCUGGCAAUGAAAGGAUUAUGGUGGAGGAUGAAGUGGACUGGAGGCCUGAGGGAGAUCUUGUGAUCAGCUCUUCCUCCUAUGAAGCCCACCAAGCUGAACUAGUUACACUUAAAGAAGUCAGUGGUCAUAGUAUAACACUCCACGAACGCCUUAUCCACAGGCAUAUUGGGCAUCCCCAUGACAUAGAAGAUGGGAGAAGCAUCCCUUUGUCUGCAGAAGUUGGACUCCUAACACGGAAUAUACAGAUCAAGUCUGAUGUGCCUUGCACUGGGAAGAUACUGGUGGGACAUUUUACGGAUUCCAGUGGGAGAGAGUUUGAAGGUGUACUUCAACUCUUAAAUACUGAAUUUUUGAACUUUGGGCCUCCUCAACUUUCUGCUAUUGAAUUCAGGAAUGUAACUCAACGGUCCUCAGUGAUGUCAUCCACCAUUCAUGGUAGCUGUGGAGUUGGCAUUAAAGCAGUCAAGAGCAAUGGGAUCUGCUUGCAUGAUAAUAUAGUGUUCAACACGGUCGGACCUGGCAUCGAUUUGGAAGGGAAAAACCAUUCUCUCAUCAGGAACCUCGUUAUUCUAAGCAGACAGCCAGAGGGUUUAUUAAACUGGGUUGCUGGCAUCAAGGUGAAUCUUGUCAUUGGUGUCUCCCUCUAUGGCAAUGUUGUGGCAGGAUCUGAGAGGAUUGGAUUUCAUAUUAGAGGCCAAGAGUGUUUGCUGGAUGUUGAUUAUUGCAGUGAAAAUGUGGCCCAUUCAAAUCUUCACGGUAUUCAUCUGUACAGGGGAGAUGGAUUUCAGACCUGCACUAGAAUAACAGGCUUUCUGUCUUACAAGAAUUAUGACUAUGGUUUGAUGUUCCACCUUGGAAGCAGCGUCAUUAUAGACAGUGUGGUGCUGGUGGACAACACUGUGGGUCUCAUGCCAGUAAUACACUGUCUGUAUGCCAAGCAGUGCUACACGGGGAAAAGACUCCUUGAACUUAGAAACUCUACCAUUGUUGCAACAAGCUCAACUUUUGACUGCGUCAGAGACAGGAUCAAACCUCAAGCAGCUGACCUAACUUCCAGGGAUCGACCACCAUACUGCCUUCAAAGAGGCCGCGCUGGGAUGUUAUGGCCUAAAUUUACCACUGUGACCAGCCAGAGGGCAGAUAGCCCAUGGCACAGAAUUGUCCACUGUCCAAAAGUGCUAGGACUCAUGAAGCUGAAAGACGUCACAUUUACUGGUUUUACAAAGAGCUGCCACGGCGAAGACAGGGAUGUCUGCAUCAUGUCAGAUACUGACCAUUCAGGCAUCAUGCCUCUUAUCACAUCAGAGAGAUCGAGGAUGUUACGUGUCAAUGAAAAGGAUAAGUUCUACUUUCAUGCAGCAAGCUCUGAAGACACCACAUUCCCUGAAAAGAGCUGUGAAGGCUCAAGAAAGGCCCUUGUCAAGGAUUUGGAUGGAAAUCUCCUGGACCUAGAACCACCUGUUUCUGUUUUCCCAAAGUCAGAAUUUGAAUGGACAAGGUUCUACUUGCAAUCUGGAAUUUACAGAGAUGACAGCAAGUGUGUCUUCAAGCCCUCAGUACAAGGCUACUUCUGCAAACAGGCAGACUAUGCAUUUGUCAUCCUGGAAAAUUUAGACUCCAGCAUGGUCAAGCAGGACCUGUUUCCAGUAGUAGCAGUGACUGGCAGCUUUAUGGAUACCUUCAGUGACGGAGCUUCAGAUGCAUCGUGUCGUUCUGCACAGCACCCUUCUGCUCUCUUCUCUGUACUGCCAACCACCAGACUCACAACAGUUUGCUUCCCAGACCUUACGCCUCUGAUUUUCAGACUCUACCUCCUCAGUGGGCAGAACUCAACCAGACUGCCCCUUGCUAUUUUCUACAAUGAACCCCUCAGCCUUCGUGUCUUCACUGAAGGGAAAUAUAUCUCUCCAACUCUAUCUUCCUUCUCGUGGAAUGAAGGGGCAGGAACCAAUUAUUUUAGCUUUGAGGACAAUCUUCUCUAUGUCCUUCUUCAUGAAGAGGAGCCUGUACAAAUAGUCACUGGCCUUUCUCUUCAUGUGGCUUUCACUGUAACUGAGACCACUGGGGAAGAGGGUGAGGCAAAUAUCAUGCAUCAGUUGGCUGAUUUCUUGCAGGUUGGUCAUGAUCAAGUCAGAAUAGUCUAUCGAGUGCCGGGAGGUGAAAGCAUGUUGGAAGUCAUCUCAGACAAUGCUAGCAAAAAGAAAUAUCACUGCCCCAACAUGACGUUUUGCACGACCUUUCAUAGCAGAUCUGGAUCAUGGGGACGAGGGAGAGCAGCAGUAAAUGCUCGAGUUGUGCAGUCGUCUGAUGCAGCUGGUCCAUCAAAAGUGCUGAUUUUUGAAUUUGGUGAUCCACCAGGCCACCAAAUAAAUGAGUUCCAGCGUUCCUUAACAAUUGACAGUUUAAAGAUCCUGGCUAGUGCAAUUAUCAAUGCUCAUCAGACUGGAGACCUUCAGACAGUCCUGGGCUUACCGGUUGAUACUAUAAUGGUGAAUCAGCCUGACUUACUGUUCUCAGGAAGAGAUAAUAGGAGCAGACAGCACCUAGGAACUUGUUUGUAUGUGAGGCCCUAUAGCAUCUCUGUUCACGUGCAGCCUUCAGAUGGAGAAACUGAAAAGCAGCUUCCUGUACAGCCGCAAAUUGUUUUCCUGGAUAAGAAGGGUCGAAGAAUUGACACACUGGGGCCUCCCUCAGAACCCUGGGUUGUUUCAGCUCACCUCAAGGGCUCCUUUGAGGCUGUCCUAAAAGGGCUCACUGAAGUACAGGUGAUAGGUGGAUGUGCUAGCUUUUCCAAUCUGGCUGUCUCCAGCUCAGGCACCAACUGGAACCUCGUGUUCACUGUCACAUCACCACCAGGAGCUAAAUUCACUGUGCUAUCUCAGCCGUUUACCAUCUUCCCUGUGCCCGUUGAAGAGAAGGCCAGCUUGAUUCUCGUUGUCUUAAUGAGUGCAAUAGCAUCUGCAUUUGUUGUCACUCUUGUGCUCUGCUGGUUCAAGAAGAGCAAAAACAACAAAACGAGGACUAAGAGGACAGAUGUACCACAGGCCAGUACCAAGGCACCCCAAAAGCAAGCACAUCCUCAUGCACCUCAUGUCCAGCCCUGCUACGAUCAAAGACAGAAUGACAAUGGUGUGCCUGUAGCAAGAGAAGUGGAAGAGACUGGAGCAGUGAGACAUGAGGUGGGACAAGGGAAGGAGCUGAGCCCACAGCUGUGUGAAGCCACGCCAGUGAGAAAGGCAAACGCCCUACAGCGAAAGACAAGUAACAGAGAUAUCUUCUCUUCAGCCAGGAAAGGUGGCAAUCACCAACAGCCUUGUGGAGGAACAGCUCAUGGGGGCUCUGUGGAGCUUCAACAGGCUUCUGUCUUGGGGUGCUCUGCCCAGAAGGAUGUCCCACAGCCUCCUGAUGGUUGUAAUGAGGAAAGAGGGAAUUUGGAUGCAGUGUACAGCCCUCAGGAGGAGGUCAGAGAGCAGACUGCUAUGGGAGCAGCAGCAGAGGGAUAUCAGAAGUCAUGUCAGGCAGUGGAGCAAUGACCAAGCAAGCUUUGCCUUUCUUGAGGUCACUGUGAAAUUGUUUUAUUUUGUCUCUGUGGUUGGAGGAGUGCACACAUACUGUCACAGAAAGCUGUUACGUUGUGCAUGUACUAAUGAACUUGUGAAAUUGUUCCACAGCCAACUGGGGAACCAUGGCUAUGUCUAGGCUACUAAUCAUAGAGUCAUAGAAUCACUGAAUCAUAGAAUCAUGGAGUGGCUUGGGUUUGAAGGGACCUCGAAGCUCUCUUAGCUUCCAUGAAAAGUAGGUGCAGCCAAAUAACCUGUUGAGAAUAGUCCUUGGCUUCUGACACCCUGAAACUCAGCCUUUAAAACUUGUUUGGAGGAUUGUUAGCUGGGUCAGGCCAAAGGCAUUCAGAGAUUACCAAGCAAUUCAGCACUGCAGGUGGGGGAGUUUCCACACCCACAACCUCACAUUAAUGUGCUCACACUGAUGUAGUCUUAGUAGCUAGAGCAAUAUUGAUUGGAGUGUUUACCCAUACAUACACGUAUAUAAGAAUUUGUUCUUAUCUUCCCUCUCAAAGAAUUUCAGUAUGUGCAUAAAUCUUCUCCUUUUCCUGAGGAAAAAACAAGUAAGCAACUGUUCAGUUUCACUGUGACUUCCAUGCUUCCCUAGUUAAAUCUGUGCUUAAGAAUACUUCUUUUGUUUGUCUUGUUUUUGAAACUGAAGUGUUUUGUUUUAUCUCUCCACCACGCCAUUAUUUUCUAACACCUUUAAAUCACUGACUUGUUAUGAACAGAACUGUUUAUGAGUGAUAAUAAUAAUACUGAUGUGCUUCAGCUGCUCAGAGAAUUCCUCUGUGCUUUGGUUUACUGAGCUGGAAGAUGAGGAACUUUAUUAUACUCGCUCUGUACCAUAAACUUCUUGGUUACAAUAUGCCCUGAUAGCACGAGCAAGAAUGUAUACUUCUCUGUAAGAAAAAUACUUAUUUAGGAAGAAGGUGAGAGACAUUGAUUUAAAGAAUAAACCAGGCUUCAAAUGCGCUGAACUAAGAUGCAGGUGCUGUUUGGUGAGCUACUCAAUUCUCUGGGGAUGAAAGUCUUAUUCUAGAUCUUUAACCCAAAGGGAGGCCCAAUGUGUGCAAAAAUUCACAUUCCCUUGUUGUAAAGUACGUGCACCUUGAGUCCGAGCUGAAGGGUGAAGAUAUGGAUACGCCUGAUGUUUAAAAUGUGAACAGGAUGUAGAAGGUUAAUGAGAAAACAGAUUAUGCCUUUGGAGACAUAGAGAACAGUCAGCUGCAGUUAUCAGACCCUACUGCCUAUAGGUUCAGCCAAAAUGGAAUAACUUCAUUUAUACCCACUGUUGAGGAUGCUCUUCAUCUGUACAAGCUCCCAAACUGUGCUUUUUCUGGGCAUUUUGUAGGGAAGUUCUAACUGGAUCAGCAUGCAUAGCAGCAGAGCAGUGCUUGAUCCCUGAUCCUUGUCCUCUUUUUGUCCAGCAGUGCAAGCACAGCCGUAAGGACUGAUGCACAUGUAUGAUCCCAGCCACACUUCCCACUAAUAGAAGUAAAUCCUGUACUCAAGGCACUGAUAUUCUUGAAAUCAUGGCUUUGUAAUGUGAGAUCUUUUUGGUUUCAUCUAGAUUUCCUUUUUUGGAUGAGUUGAGUUUGGCUCUAAAAGCAUCUCCAAUCCACCAUGAGUUCAUAUAAUGACAUGUACAUUGGUUAGAUGAACCUCAGCCUGCCAGGUGUAGCUGGAUGCAGGACAGAUAUAGUCACAGAAGAACAGAUAAUACCUUCCCCUCUUGUCCUUCUGUUGCAGUGUGAGAAUUCAAAAAGGCCUGAGCUGAAAGGGUGCAUAGUGUCUGUGCUGCUGGAAAAGAACCUCUCUUGCUCUUUCAUUCUGAUCAAAGAGGCAAUAAUUGAACCAAUUAAACUGCAAAUAAGAUCUGACUCAUCGGCCAACUUUUAUUUCAGUUCCAUCCAGACAACUCUCACUUUAGUUGUAUUUUUGGGAUCUUUUUGACCUAUAAAUGAUUAUGGUGUCUUUCUGAUGUCUCUGCUGGGAGAAAGCUGCUAUAUUAAAGAAAUGUUGUCCAUAUCAGAUCAUCACAGGUUGAUAAAUAUUGGGCGCUGUGCUAUAUUGAGUUUGUAAGUAUCAUUUUCAGGUAAAAUCACAGGAAUUCCAGGCUGAGCCAGGCACCUGACUGUUCGUGCUGGAGCUUCUCUGGCUUAUGACUGCUGAGGAUGAGGGCCUUAUGUUCCAUGCAGAAUAUCAGCUGUUCUGACCUCUUCCAUGCAGGAGGACCAGGAGUUUCUUCUAACUUUUUCUGCAGAGGUCAAAAUAUUCUCUUAUGUAAAUCAAUAUAGUAGGUCCCUCAUGGUUCACAGUCCAAAUAAGGUUUACCUUGCAGUUAUGUCGAGGCUUGGUGACAUGAUUUAAAGGCCCUUCCUUUCCUCCACAGCUGCACCCAGCUUUACUUUCACAUAGUAGAUCUUUUCCUUUCUGCAGACAAACAGUUCCUCCAGCACCUGAGCCCUGCACUCCUCAGGUAGUUCGACUCCUGCUAGGUGACUCUAUCACAUCCAAGCAGAGUGAAAGCAAAUAACAUAUCACUGGAAAUGUCAGAAUUUAUGCAAAUGAUAUCCAGAUAAUAUUGAAUAUAAACGAUAUGCAGAAAUUAAACAGUAGAGCCUUCUUUGGGGGAAGAAGAUGACAUAUUGGAAAGAGUUAAGGGCUUUGAUUAAUCCUUUAAUUCAUAAUCCUAGCAUUUAUCAAAACUUUGUUUACAGAGUAAGUAAUGUCUUGCAUGUCUAAUGGAGUAAGCAGGGGUAAAUAACAUUUAAUUGCAGUAUGGUUGAUCUCAGUUUCCUGCAUCACUGUGCAUUAAUUGAGUGAGUGGUGGAGCAUGGGAAACAAGUGUGGAAAAAGUGAAGAAAACGUGAUGAGAAUUCGUGAUGCAAACACAAAGUGAGCCCUGAAUAAAUAAGAAAUUUGAACACUCGUGUGUGGGGGAAGGAAAUCAUCACGGUGAUCAUGAAAGAAAUAUGAUGUUAAAUAGUGGUCGAAGAGCAUGCUGAUGAAGGAGGUUGUGUCUUUUCAAUAAAUAGCUGCUCUUAGACUAAUAGCAAAAAUACCUGGUUGAAAUUGAAUCUUGCUUCUCUGUGGCUUAGGCAGAAGCAGACUUGUUUUGAGAACUUCACCAUCUGGGCAGGCAAAGGCAAAACAGACUUACAAGGAACACAUGGCUAGCUGCACAGACAUUGCUGAGCUGCCCAAGCACUGUAGAAUCAUAGAAUUAUUUGAGUUGAAGGGGCCUUUAAAGGUCGUCUGUUUUCUCCUCCCUGCAAUGAGCAGGGACACCCAUAGCUCCAUCAGUGCUCAGAGCCCCAUCCAGGCUGACCUUGGGUGUCUCCAGGACACGGCAUCCACUACUGCUCAGGCCAGUGCCUCAUUGCCAUAAUUGUUAUUAACUUCUUCCCUGUAUCCAGUCUAAAUCUCCUCUCUUUUAGGUUGAAACCAUUUCCCAUGUCCUGUCACAAUAGACCCUGCUGAAGAGUCUGAUCAGUGCUUUUGGUGAUUUUGCCCAAGACCCUUAAUGUUGACAUUCUGGAGUUGUCCUUAGUCCUUUUCCUAAGAUUGGGCCAACAGCAACACCAAUCUCCAUCUUUGCAUGAUGGCUUUUUGUGGAUAAGGCUGGCUGCCCAAAUACCCCUUGAUAUGAAGGCAGUCUGAAAAAAGUGGUGAAGAUGGAAUGGGGUAGGAAGGUGGUGGAAGGAGACAGAUGAGAAACCACAGCAUGACAUGUGGGAUAUCCAUGAGGGAACAGGGAGUCUUGAUAGAUCUGAGAUUAUGAAAGCCUUCUGGCCCAGCUGUAGGGGAUUCAGAUGAAAGGAGCUCCCUGUUUUAAGUUGUCGUCGUCCAUCUUCUGGUGUGAAAAGACAGAAGGAUUUUGUCUCAAUCUCAGCUUUUUGAAGCAGUCUAAUGGCAUGCUGUGGUGAAGACAUAUGCUCUAAUGUGGCCUGCAUUGAGGCAAACUGCAAGGGAUGGAAUCUGCUAGAGAAGGACCGGUGAGGUAUUGACCUCCAAGACCCAAACUCUUUCUUGACAGUCAUGUUGAAUGUCAGUGAAACUGGGAAAGUUUGGCUGUGCUGCAGCUAAUAGCAAAUAUUUCAUUGAAUUUGCUGGGUUUUGGGUUUCCACCCGCUCUGCUUGACACCUUUUUCUGUAAUCCCAUCAUGUCCAAUGCCACUCAGACUGUUUUGUUAUACAUAAGGGUGCAGCUGAAAAGGUGCCUUAUUUUUAACCUUGCUCUCCAGGAUUUCCUGACUUCUUAGACAAUGCUAUUGUCAAAAUUAUUCUUUCUUUUAUUUUUAUUUUUAUUUUUUGUCUUUUUCCCUUUUAUGGAAGUGAUAUUUUUUCCUCUUAUGUCUGAAGCAGAGGAGUGCAUUACAGACAAAUUUGCCUAAGGCUUUGGGCCAGAGCUGAUGAGACUUCACGAAGAUACAGGAACAGGCACAUGGAUAGAAAAGAGAAAGUCUGUGAAAAAUUAAAAUGACAAGGCUGGUUAAGGAGCGGAGAUAACUGGUGAUGUAGUGAAAUUAAUUACAGUCUGGGUUGAAGGAAUUGUGUGCCUAAGACAAAAUUAAAAAAAAAAAAAAGAGAAACCAAAUAACAGCAAUAGGAUUAUAAACCCUUUCAUCAUCUCUAUAUGGUAUAACUGUUUAUUAUGGCAGUUAUUUCUAUAACAUGAGAGGUAACAAUGGCAAGGAAAGGGGGUGAAUCUCCCCUCAAAAAGUGCUGAUUCUGCAGCAAAAAGCCUAAUUGAGAGUGGAAUUGCGCAAACAAAAUAUCCUUCAGUGGACUAGGAACUGUAAAAGAAAACAUUUACUUUAUCAGUAAUGCUGUCUGAUGCAACACUCCAACGCUAAUCAUAGAAUCAUAGAAUAUUUUGACUUGGAAGGGACCAAUAUAACGGUAGGCACUCACUGAUUAUACAGACUCACAGAAUUUUUCAUUUUUCAUUUAAUUAUUUGCAACCAUUAUGCAUAUGCCAAGAGUUGAACGGAUACCAGCUUUGUACAGACAAGAAGAGCCUGACCGAAAAUGUGGGAAAAGUUGAGUGACCAUUUGUUAUGAAAACAAAACAGUAAAAAGAUGAUGGGAAGACCCAGAUAGGCUGCAGGAUCAUUCCAGUAUUUCUCAUUCACUGGCAAAGUGUCCUGGCAUGGUGAGUUCUCUGGUAUGUAAAAGGGGUGAAAUAAAGCAUUUAAUAAUGGAGGUUGAAAUGUCUUUUGGAGGAGGAUGAUCAGUGGGGUGUUUACCCUCUACUUUUAUUUUCUUUAUUCAUUUUCUUUUUUUUUUUUGUAUUAUUUUACUUUACAUUGGGACCAACAAAAAGUAGAAAAGGAAUAGGAAAGAAAAACUGAAAACACAACACUGCAAAAUUGGUGAUACGUAUAAAUGCAUACAUACACACAUUAUAUGUAUAUACAUACUAUACAUAAAUAUAAAUAUGCACGUAUAUAUAUAUGCAUAUAUAUAUAUAUAUAUAACUACUCAAUUUAUCCUUAAUUUUAUGCUCAAGGUGAAAAAUAUGGUGCACAGAAAUCAUAACAAAAUGGAGGAUGGUGUGAAAAAAGCAUCUGAUCUUUUGAUCCUUUCUCUUCACUCUCACUGAGGUAAAUAGUUUUAUCCUAAUAUGCUCCUAUUACAUCCUAUCAGGUUUGUCUUAGGUGCUUCAGUUCAAAGCUUUUUCUCUCACAACAGAAGAUAAACGAGAAAUAGUUUGUAUUGCUGAUGAGCUUGGCUCUAUUUGCAGUUAUGAACGAAGGCCAUGACAGAGGAUUGCAUAUAAACUUCAUAAACCUUUAAAUAGUUUCCAUGUUGGAUCAGACCAGACACUCGUGCUGAGGGCUGCUGGUGUUUGGAGAAAAAUAUGACCAAAAAGGAAAUAUAAGGUGAACAUUCCUUGGAUUUGACCUUAAGCAAGAGUAGACUUCUGGGACUGGUGGUUGCAUUGGCAUUUUGGAUGGACCCAUUUUCCCUGAAUGUUUUAUGAAAGUACAGCGUUGAAUUAUUUAUAUCCUAUGAGUGAAAAAGAAAUUAUUUUGGCUUUUGUUUUAAAAGUACUGCUGUGUAUUUCCCAAGUUUUGUUGUGUGAAUAAUGGGGAGAAAUUCUGUUUUUCUAGAUGUUGAGCCUAUUCCUUCAAGUCAGAGUCCCAUGGGAUGGAGGGAACAGAUAAGGGUUUCCCACAGGAGCAGAAGAGGAGAAUAUAUACUCAGUCCUCCCAAAGAAGAGCUCUUUGCCUCUGGAUUUAUGCAGUGAAUCCCUAUGCAUGCAGGGCCAUUGGUCAGAGAAACGAGCUAGAUGUGAGCUGAGCACAGAGCAUGCUCCAAAAUGCUCUGCUGGGGUGGGUGUGGGUUACCUCAUUCAUUUCCCUGGAGGUCACUUGUCCAUCCCCAGCGAUGGGUUAGGUGUGGCUGAAUUAAUUCAUACCUUCAUUCCUGCUGCAUCUCUGCCUUGCAAAGUACAUUACACGUGAAGCCAGUGCCCAAGACAUGCCAAACCUUGCAGCCAUCAAAGGCAGCACUGUUAAAAAUAACCCAUUUCUCCUCUCCCCCCACUCCCUUGACUGUCUCUCCAUGUCUGGGUGCUGACAAAAGUUAUUUGUCGUAUUCCCUUCAUUCGGUGAGUGACAGGAGACUGGUGUCAAGUGAGAAAAUGAAAUGUAAAUUUUAUUAAACACCUUCUCAUCUCUGUGUAUCAAUCCAGAUUCCAGCCUAACACAGCAAAUCAAAUCCUGUCUUCGCCAGGCCUGAGGGCACACAGAGAAUCAUUUCUCCUUAAUACCAUUCCCUCCUAGUAAAAUAUUUUUCUGUUUAGUAAAUGAAAAUUUAAAAUGCAAACCCUAUUUUAAUCCCUGAGAAAAGAUGUGCGUCGCAGGGAGAAAGAUGCUGUAUUUCAUUCUGUUACGCCUUGUGCUUUCUUCUUGUUCUCAGACCCAGCAAUGAUGAUGAGCUGAAGCAUAAAUUGUGACUCCGAUUUCAGUCUUGCCCACUGGGAAUCUUUAUCUUCGUGUCCACCACUGGGCUUAGUAGCACGUCCAAAGAUGAUACAGCAUCCACUUGUUCAAUCUAAAAUUGUAUGGUAGAUUAUGUGAUGAACCAAAGACUGAGUCACUGUUCCCAAAUGAACAGGAUCAGAAGUUGCUCUCUGUGGGUCCUAAUGCCUCUGUUUCUUUAAGAGUGAGACUUGUGGAGCAUAGUAAGAUGGUUAAAUUUUCACUGAGGGAAUCUUUUAAUUCUUCUUUUUGAUGAGCAAAAUCGAGGUUGAUUUGAGUUCUUUGGUAGUCACCAACUGAAUGUAAGUAUUCUUUUGCAGUUGGCGACAGUAUGGAAACAUCUAUAUUUAAUAAAGCUGUGUAGAGGUGGAAAUAGAGAUGGAGAGAAUACAGAUGUGAGAUAAAGCCUGUACACAUGACUCAUUCUCCUCCUCUCCCCGUACCUUCAGGAGGUGACACUGCAGAAUAGUUUUAUCAAAGUCAGUGAUUAACUGGUGCUUUGUCUGCAUCUGUGGUGGUGGAAGCACUGGGUCACUGCUCUCUGAUGAUUUGGUGAAGGACCAAAGCCAAGACCUAAUUUUCAUCUGAACUCCGUGCUGCUAAUUAUUACUAGUUAAGUGUCUGUUCUAAUCUUGUUCUUCCUCAUAUACAGUUAAUAGAGACAGAUAUGCUCUCCAGAGGGUACUUCACUUCACUUCCCAUAUACAGCCAUCACAGGAUGAGAUGAAUCACCCUCUGGAAGUGGUUGUCUCUCUGUGGGGCUUACAUGAAUAGCUGAGAUGAGAUGCUGGCUUCUCAUCUUGUCAAGCAGGCAUUUCAGUUGAAUCUGUUUGUGGUCUUCCUAAACUAUCAUAGAAUGGGCUGGGUUGAAAAGGACCGCAAUGCUCAUCCACUUCCAACCUCCUGCUAUGUGCAGAGUUGCCAGCCACCAGGCCAGGCUGCCCAUAGCCACAUCCAGCCUGGCAUCCCUAGAUAGAGCCCAUGCUCCUCACUGAGCAGCUCCUAACACAUUGUAAGAUCUAUUUUGGAUGGGAAAAAGGGCUCUGGAGCGCACAAAUGCAGUAUGAGUAAGUAUUAAUUAUGAGGUCAGUCAGUGUUCUCAGCUUGCUGGUCCAAGAGUUGGCCACAGCACAUGUAUUCAAGGAGGCUAAAAGUCUGUGCAGUGGAGAAAAUUGUAGUAAUUCUAAAGAAAAUAUAUUUGUAAUAAAUGGAAAAUUAUCUUGUUAUAUUCUUUUUUAAUUUCAAGGUUUUCCUUCAAAGGGAAGUAGUAGGAUCUCACUAGCACUAAUCACAGUUUUUCCAACCCGUCUUGAAGGAGAAGCUGUGCUGUGGUCCAUGAAUCAGGGACAGAAUGCAUGAAGCAGGGAAGAGUUAAGUAACACACCAAAGCUUGCAGCAGGAACAAGUGGGAAAAAAAUCAUUAAAAGCACACAUUUCCCUUGGCUAUCUGUCCUCAGACAAAUUCUCUACACCAUUUUUGUUAUCUGAGCCUGUUUUGGAGAGGAAAACUGUCCUCGGCUCAAGUCUGCAUCCUGCCACCAAUUCCCCUCUGCAACCUUAGGCCACUCAUUUAAAGUCUCUGCCCUUCAGCUCCUCAUGAGCAAAAUGAGAAUGCUAAUACAGCUUCUCCAUACUGCAGUCCACUCUGCCCACUUGGGCUGCAGGGUCCUCUGCACAGAUGCUGUUGCAAAAUAAUUAUUUUCCAAGCACGGUUGAAUCCUGGCAUCCUUGAAACAAAAUGGUAAGAACAGUGAUUUUAAUCAUAACAGAAAUACAGAAAUAGAAAUAAUAAACGUAGCCAUACUGGUUUUACUUGCAAGGUGCUGAGGGUUAAAGGAGGAAAAGGUGCAGUUCUGUGCAGCAGAGCUGUCACAUCACACAAAUUGCCAGCUUCCCUAAUAUCACCAAUCCCUCCUCCGCCUCACCAACUUAAAUUCUCCCGUGCCUCAAGGUAGGUGGGUGCUGGGACUCAGUGCUCCAGAUACAUCCACACCGGAGAUCAGUCAUUUCACACCGCCACUGGGCUUCUUUACUAUUCUAAUACAGAACCGAUUGCACACUAUGACUAAUAAUGUUGGCGGUAUGAAAGAAUUAUUUAUAUAGAGACUGAGAAAGGCCUCCUUGGAUUUCUAGACAGGACAGUCUUGAUUUGGAGAGAGCAAAGCAUAAAAUAACUGCAGGGCCAUUUCAGACUGCAGUCGGCUCCAGGAGGAGAAUUGACAAUUGGCGUUUGAAUUCGGUGUAUGCAGCUGUAUGGAGUGUGGCAAACUUUCUUCGUAGAGAGAAAUCCCCCAUCCUCAGAAAGAGAGGUACAACUAGUGAAUGCCUCUCAACAUAUGCGUGUGGAAAAUAGAUUCUGCCAAUUACAUUGAUAGGGUUUUUUUUUCUAUGAGGUUACGUGUUCACUUAAUACAGAUAAUGCUAUUAAAACAAUCGGAAACCGUGGGACAUCAGACUUACUGCGUGAUGAUAUUUUGCAUUGCAAACCUAGAGGAAUAGUGGAUGGUGGAUGAAAAAUAGUCUGGCAGGCUCAAAAUAUGUUUACAGAAUCAUAGAGCCAUAGAACCACUAAGGUUGAAAAAAGCAACCACUGAGAUCAUCCAGUCAAAUCCCAACCCAGCCCCACCGUGCCCACUGACCAUGUCCCUCAGUGCCACAGCUUCUUGAACUCCUUCAUGGAUGGUGACUCCACCGUGUCCCUGGUCAGUCUGUCCCAAAAGUCACUGCUGAGCUUCUGUUUCUAAUCUGGUCACAAAGGGGAUCAUUUUUUGUCCAGAUGAUAUUUUAGUGAUGUUUCACCUAUAAACCCAAAAGCAAUCUAAAAGCUGGUAAUCAACUGGCUAAUGAGACAGAGAUUCAGGGAAUGACAAAUAAAUAAAGAAAGAAAUAAAAAA